AUGGUUGACCAUGUUCUACACAUUAUGGCAUACGUAAUUUCCACAAAUAUUACUCAAGAACUUUGUAAUCAUCCUUUAUUACACAAACCUUCAAUAUUACAUAUUUGGAAAUCUAUUUUUCCUUCUAUCCUUCGUUAUCAGAACUAAAGAAAGUUGCUAAUCAUAAAUAACGCAUGAGUAUUCUUCGAUCAUCAGAUUUGUAACAAAUAAAUUCAUAAUAAUAUAGUUAAAAACCUUUUAUAGAUUUUCAUAACUGAUAGCCAGUGUUUGCAUUUCCUUAAAACUUAGUAAAUACGUUGAAUGGACUUGGCCUUAAGCUUUCUGGUGGUACUGGAUGUUUCUCAGCGCUUUAGUUGGUACAAGCUUUACUUUAAUUAUUCUACUUCUAUCAAAAAUUAUUAAUGAAAUCUUCAAGCAAUAUCAGACAGUUCCUUAAGAAUGUAAAACAUUUAUUAAUAUUAGAUAAAUCUCUCCUUUGGGCUCUCUACAUUUCAAUCAUAAGCAGCGCUCUCUCUAUCAUGUGGAUUAUCAACACUUUCAAUAUCUUAGGAUUGGAUAUGCCGAUGGUUAUAGGGGAAGUACUGUUUUAUUCUACAGUUUCCUUCAACUUAUUAAUAUUUUGUGCUCUUACUAAAUUGUUUUGGGGCUCUGUUAUUGAUUAUUGUGCUGAUAUAUUAUAAUCACAAACAAAUGAUAUAGAAUCACAAAGAGAAUUACCUGCGAUAUAAGUCAUUUAAUAAAAGUAGUUUGAAAAAAGGAAGGCCGUUCAUUAAAUAAUUUUAAAAAAGCUCUCAUCAGCAUUUUUUAGAUUGACAACUAAAGAGGAUUUGCUUUAAUAAUCUCAAAAGACUACGGAUUUGAUGACUGAAAGAGGACAAACUAAAAAAAUACUAUAAACUACGGAAGUUGAAUCCAAGUAAUUACAAGAUAACUAAAAUAAAUUAAAUGAAUCUAAUUAGAAAUGUAUUAUAUGUUGUGAAAAUCCACCUAACGCAGUCUUAAUGAUAUGUGGUCAUGGAGGAAUUUGUUAUAAGUGCGGAUUGGAAAUGGCACAAAAAAGCAAAGAAUGUUUUUUAUGUCGAUAAAAAAUUGUUUUCAUUUAUGAAAUCUCAAAUUUUAAUGACGACCUUAUGAAAGUAGUAACAAUAACUAAAUUUAAUUACUGA